CCUCCCAGGGUGCAUCCAGCUGGCGCAAGAAUGCGGGGCAUAGGGCCAGCAAGAGGGGUGGCCAUGGCCAGACCCCACGGCCUAGAGGACAGAAGAUCUGCCCCCGUGCUGCCACCAGCAUCCAGCACAACAUGUCACUGAGCAAGUGCGGCUCGUUUCCCAAGGAUCAUCCUUUGGCCACCAAGGAUGUGAGGCUCGAAGUGCCCUCUGCCUCUGGGCAGGUAACCCCUAGCAGGCCACUGUUACUAUAAAAAAACCAGUCCUGGCUUGUCCUGGCCAGAGUGCCAGCCCCAAGGACUGCGCCAGCCAUCACCCUGGGGCCAGGCAUGCCCUGUGGCACGGGGGGUGCCGCCAGCCAUGGGCAACUGCACCAAGACCCCUGAGAGGAGGCUCUCAAAGGAUGGGAAGCAGCACUCUGGCUGUCCUGCCUCGGGCCCCCAAGACCCUGAUGAGCUGGCAGAGGCUGCACAGUCACCUCCAUUGCAGAACUACUCAGUGCUGCACGGGCUGGUGGGGCCAGCUUGCAUCUUCCUCCGCCAGAGCAUCGCCAUCACCCAGCUGGACCGAGAGCUGCGGCCAGAAGAGAUCGAAGAGCUGAAGCAGGCCUUCCGGGAGUUCGACAAGGACCAUGACGGGUACAUCAGCUACAAGGACCUAGGCGAGUGCAUGCGGACCAUGGGCUACAUGCCCACCGAGAUGGAGCUCAUCGAGCUGUCGCAGCAGAUCACAGGUGGCAAGGUGGAUUUUGAUGAUUUUGUGGAGCUGAUGGGUCCCAAGAUGCUGGCGGAGACAGCGGACAUGAUUGGGAUCAAGGAGUUACGUGACGCCUUCCGUGAGUUCGACACCAACGGGGAUGGGCAGAUCAGCAUUGCAGAGCUGCGGGAGGCCAUGCGCAAACUCCUGGGGCAGCAACUCAACUACCGCGAGGUGGAUGAGAUCCUGAAGGAUGUGGAUCUCAAUGGAGACGGCUUGGUGGACUUCGAAGAGUUUGUGCGGAUGAUGUCACGCUGAGGGCAGUGCAUGCCAACAUGAGACAGGAGCCCUGCUGUGCCUUACAAAGAGGAGGGGGCCACAGAGGAGACUCCUAGCUCAGACUACCGCAAGGGAGGACUCCCAGACCACGGGCUGCACUGGGGCAACACAACGCCCAAGCCCUAGGCAAGGCCCUCACUUCUUCAGUUCUGGACUUGCUCAGACUCAUCCUUGGCUGCACACCGGUCUUGCUGCCAAGUUCAAAACAUGGUGUGGCACACCUGAGUUCACACCAAACCUCUUUUAAUGCAGAUUCAGCAGGACUUUGGCUGCUCUUGCUCUGAUCUCUGUGCUGGACAGUUUACACUGCCUGGCUCUGAUCUCUCCCCCUUUCUCCGAGUUCCCUGCUUUCCAACCCUUCUUGUCCUGUUUCCUACCCCUGCCUCUGCAGCUCCCCCCUUCUCACUCCAACUUUAACUUGCCUUGCUAUUCCUGUAAACUCCUAGAAACAUCUUCAGUCCCUACCCCACAGCUGUGGUCCAGCUCCAAUCUAACAAUCCUUCCAUCCCUGCACACCAACCCUGCUGGCUUACCACUCCAUUCUGGUUUUGACCCCUGUAUCCAACCGUAAUGCUGAGUCCCAGCCCCUCAGUCUUGACUCUGCACUCUGACCCUAUCUCCAUGGCAUGAUU